UGUGGUAGUAGAGUAGUAUAUAAAAGCCAGAAUCAAAGCUGAUCCUCCCUCUUUUAUCUAAUCCUUAAAAAUCCCCAUAAAGAUUUGUUUUGAUUAUUUUAUUUUCUUUGGUAAACUUUGUUUCUCUCUUCCCUCUGCGUUGUAUUCUUCAGGAAAAAAACAAAACAUUUUUCUACCAAAACUUGCUUUCUCCACAAUUCAAAGCUACUUGAAUCUUUCUGGUAAAGAACAAGUAACAAAAAAGUCAAAGACUUUACAUCUGGGUUCGUCGUUUUAAGCUUUCUUUUCUUUUUCUGCAAUGGGCAUGACAGCAGCGGAAUCGCAGUUUCAUGUUUUAGCUGUUGAUGAUAGUUCAUUCGACCGGAAAUUUAUAGAGAAACUGCUUCAAAAGUCUUCGUGUCAAGUAACAACCGUUGAUUCUGGCUAUAAGGCUUUAGAGUUUCUUGGUUUAAGACAAGGUAUUGAUGACAGUAACAACCCAAAUGCUCAGGAGGUUGAAGUGAAUCUUAUCAUUACAGACUAUUGUAUGCCAGGCAUGACUGGUUAUGAUUUACUCAAGAAAGUCAAGGAGUCAUCAGCUUUUAAGAACAUACCAGUAGUGAUAAUGUCCUCAGAGAACGUUCCUGCAAGGAUCAGCAGAUGUUUAGAAGAAGGAGCUGAGGAGUUUUUCUUGAAACCAGUAAGACUGGCUGAUCUCAACAAGUUGAAACCUCAUAUGAUGAAAACAAAGUUGAACAACGAGAAGCUGCAAGAGAUUGAAAGACCUUCUAAGGAUGAAAAUGGAACCGUGGCAUCAGCAGUUCAACCAGAGAUUAAAGAUUCAACAGAAGUUGGAAGCAAAAUCUUGACUCUUCAGUCUGAACUAGAAACGAAGCAAGUACAUCCGCAAGUAAUACAACAAGAGGAGCAAACAUUGAGUAACAACAACAAGAGGAAGACAAUGGAAGAAACAGAUAUAUCACGUCCUAGAUUCAAGUGUAUCACAACCGCUGUCUGAUUCUAGCCGCCUUGAUGGUUCUUUUUCUUUAGUUUCUAAUUUUUGAGUUUUGUAGGAAUGCUUCUGCUAGUAUUAAUACAUGGUUCCAGUAGGGAAUAUAGAUGGAUGAUAAUGAAUAAAUGAUGAUGAUGUUGAUGAUGUAUGGGGAUAAUGUUUAUAUGUACAUCAGUAAAUCUUUUCAUGGUGAAUAAUUACCAAUUUUGUUUCA